AUGCCCUCGGGCCAUGGCAUUAUGCCUUUCAUGAAUCUCUCCACAGCAGAACGUCACCAGUUACACGCGACGAUCGAUGCGUCGAUCGCCUCUGGUAAUUUGCCGCGCGUGCAGCAGAAGCAGUAUCCGAUUCUUCGAAAGCUGCUGGAAGAUCCCGAUGAACCCACAGCGCAGUACAUCCUGGCGCCGUUUCAGCUUCUGCCCCGCGAGGGCAGCAGUCCCAAGGGCCUCUUCUCAAUGAGUCAUCCAGGAUGCUUCAUCACCGUUGUCUCCGCACUGAGCUAUUCAUUGUCUCGCGGUUCGGUGCAUCUCCAGUCCGCAGACACCAAAGCAGCGCCAGCUAUCGACCACGGCAUUCUGCGUCACCCCGCAGACCUCGAGCUCCAUGCACGUCACAGUAUUUGGACCGAGACAUUGGCCGAAACCGAGCCAAUGGCCUCUCUACUUAAGAAGUAA